AUGUCAGAUGAAGAGAAAAAAGUCGAGUCUUCCAGCAUCGAGCCUCGCGUGUCGCCAGACGAUAUCGAUAUCGAGAACGACACCUUGAACCACAGCGCCAACGAUGCGCUUUUCAGCUUGAAAGACGACGCCUUGACCAAGAAAAUCAACUUGGUAAACAACGCCAUCGAUGAAAUUGGCUUUACCCCCUACCACCUCAAGCUAUUCUUCUUGAACGGUAUGGGGUAUUGGACAGACACGCAGUUGACUUUUUUGGAAAGUUCUGUGCGUACGUUCAUCAACUACCAGUUCAACUACAAGUUCCCCGUUUCAAAUGAAAUGUUGGCUGCUGGUAUGCUUGUUGGAGCGUUGUUCUGGGGGUUUUCUGCCGACUUGAUUGGCCGGAAGUUGGCGUUCAACUUGUCGUUGAUCUUGAGCGGCAUCUUCACCAUCUUGACGGGCACCAUGUCCUCGAUGGCCAGUUACUGCAUCUUUGUGUUUUUGAGUGCUUCCGCCGCCGGUGGUAACUUGGUCUUGGACACCUGUAUCUUUUUGGAGUACUUGCCUCAUAAAAACCAGUGGCUCUUGACCUUUUUUGCCUUUUUCUGGGGCAUUGGACAAGUCAUGGCCGUGGGCAUCUCGUUUGGCUUUUUGCCGAAUAACUCGUGUCUGGGCUACGACAAUUGCCCCUCGCAUGAGAAUCGCGGAUGGCGGUAUGUUUACUACACCAAUGGCGCCAUUGUCUUGUUUAUGAGUUUUUUGCGGUUGACGGUGGUGAACUUGAAAGAGACCCCCAAAUUCUUGGUUAGUAACAACCGUGACAUCGAGGCAGUCGAGAGUCUCCAGUCCAUUGCUAGGAAAUAUAACCGGCCCUGUUCGCUUACAUUGGAAGAUUUGGAAGCGUUGGGACCAAUCAAAAUCAAUGACGACUACAGAAACCACAUUGACGUUCGCGGCAUUUUCAACUUGGUGAAGCACCACGUGACCAUCUUGUUUGCCAACACGAAAAUGGCCAGAUCUACAGCGUUGGUGCUCUUUAGCUGGAUGCUUUUAGGUAUCAGUUACCCGUUAUACUCGAGUUUCUUGCCCCAGUACCUUGCCUCGAGAGGUGCCGACAUCAGUGCGCCCGACGUGCACGGAGUCUAUCGAGACGCAUUGAUCAGCAACACCGUGUCCAUGGGAGGGCCCAUCGUGGCCGGUGCUCUCCUAUACUUUUUCCCCAUCAUUGGACGCCGUGGGGUCUUGUGUAUUGGAGGAGUCAGCUCGAUGGCGUUCCUUUUCGGGUACACCCACGUCAAGACGCGCGAGCAGAACGUGGCGUUAUCCUCCAUCUCGUACCUCACCAUCUACAUCUACUACGCCGUGUUGUACGCUUACACACCCGAGGUGUUCCCGCUGGCUGCGAGGGCAACGGGCAACUCGUUGGCGAUUGCGUGCACGAGGCUUGCUUCUGUUGUCGUGCCUUUGAUUGCGUACUAUUCAAACACAGCUAGCUCGGUGCCCAUCUGGAUCUGCGGUGCGUUUGUUGGUGUUUGUGGCCUCAUUGCGCUUUUGCUUCCUUACGAACCAAGUAAACAUAGAGUCGUUUGA